UGAGCUGUGUCCCUUGGACACAGCGGAUCACGGAAAGAGCCAAAGAUCUGUGUCCAAUCACAGCUGAUCACGUGUAAACACGGAAAUGCCGGUUAUCAGCAUUUCUCUCCUCUCAAGCUGUCACACUGACAGCUUGAGAGGAGAGCAAGGGACAUGUACACUGAUCAUCAGGGCAGGAUGAUCAGUGUGCCCUGAUGAUCAGUGUAGCCCCAGCAGUGCCACCUGUCAAAGUCCAUCAGUGCCAGCAGUCAGUGCUCAUCAGUUCCACGUGCCAGUGCCCAUCAGUGCCACAUCAAUGCCACAUAGUGCAUACCAGUGCACAUCAAUGCCACAUAUCAGUGCCCAUCUGAGCUGCCUUUCAAUGUCACCCAUCAGUG